AGUUUUCAUCAUUUCUGGAUCCCGCUCCGUGAACCACUUCCUCUCAGCCUCACUGUCUCAUCUGCAGCCAACCCCGAUGCUGCUGCUGCUGCUGCUGCUGCGUUGAAAUGCCGUGACGUCAUCCAAAGUGACCAACCAGAAACCGUGUUUUGCACGUAGAGGACGAGUCCGAGUGAACCACGGUCCGAGUGAACGCUUGUGAACCUCUAGAGGGAAGAACGAGGAGCUGCUGCAAACCGGGAACAGAUGGAGGUGUGAACGUGAGCCGCGUCUCCUUCAGUCGGAAUCUGAGUGCGACAGUCCGGACAUGUCGACGGCAGAGCUGGUCGGUGCACAGCGGCAGGAGAAGGAGUUCGGACGGGCCGCAAAACGACUGAAAACCGACGAGAGGGAGGAAGGAGAAGAGGAGCUGGAGGAGGGCGAGGAUUCAGACAGCGGCUCUCUUCACGGUAUCGGUGAACCGUCCGCCACCGUGGACCGACGGGCCUGCUGGACCUGCAGCCGGUUCGACUCAGCGGGAAGGGAGGAGGCGGAGUAUUCUCACCGCAUCCCCCCGAGCCCCGUGGUCCACGUCCGGGGUCUGUGUGAGGCUGUGGUAGAGGCAGAUCUCAUCGAUGCCCUGGAAAAGUUUGGACCCAUAUGUUACGUGAUGAUGAUGCCGUUCAAGCGCCAGGCUCUGGUAGAGUUUUCUGUGGUAGAGGGCGCUGAUCGCUGUGUCUCCUGUGGAACUAAGGAGCCCGUUUACAUCGCAGGACAACAGGCGUACUUUAAUUAUUCCACCUCUAAGAGAAUCACCAGACCCACCAACGCCGACAACCCCAACAGUGGCAACAAGGUCCUGCUGCUGUCCAUCCAGAACCCUCUGUACCCCAUCACCACGGACGUUCUCUACACUGUGUGUAAUCCCAUUGGAACUGUUUUGCGCAUCGUCAUCUUCAAAAGGAAUGGAAUCCAGGCCAUGGUGGAGUUUGAAUCGGUUCAGUCUGCACAGAAGGUCAAAGCAGCUCUGAAUGGAGCAGACAUCUACGCUGGCUGCUGUACGCUGAAGAUAGAAUACGCCCGGCCGACUCGUCUGAAUGUGAUAAAGAACGACAGUGAGAGUUGGGACUACACUAAGCCCUACCUCAGCAGACGAGACCGUGGAAAGGGCAGACAGAGACAGGCCAUUUUAGGAGAACAUCCAUCGUCCUACAGUGAAAAUGUCUAUGGUCCACACGGUCCUCUGCUGCCCCCCCCUGGUAACAGCAGGUAUAAGCUGACGUCGGCGGAGGCUCCAGACCUGGUGUCCUACCCUGUGCCACAGUCGUCCUCCUACUGCAGUCAGGCCAGCAGCUCUGUUGCCAUGGUGAGCAACCUUCAUCCGACCAAGAUGAACUGCAGCCGCAUCUUCAACCUCUUCUGUCUGUACGGAAACAUCGAGAAGGUGAAGUUCAUGAAGAGUGUCCCUGGAACGGCCCUGGUCCAGAUGGGAGAUGAAUACGCUGUGGACCGAGCCAUCACACACCUGAACAGCAUCAAACUGUUUGACAAAAGACUGAGUGUGUGUGUGUCCAAACAGUACGCGGUGAUACCCAGUCAGGUGUUUGAGCUGGAGGACGGCAGCAGCAGCUACAAGGACUUCUCCAUGACCAGGAACAAUCGCUUCAGCAGCGCAGGACAAGCCUCCAAGAACAUCAUCCAGCCUCCGUCCGCCGUCCUCCACUACUACAACCUGCCUCCGUGUGUGUCACAGGAGCAGCUGCUGAGGCUGUGUUCAGAGCACGACGUCCCUGGAUUUGUCAAAUUCAAGAUGUUUGAUGCCAAACCCUCCUCUAAGACAGUCUCUGGGCUGCUGGAGUUUGACAGCAGGAUGGAGGCCGUGGAGGUGCUGACGGUUCUGAACCACCACCAGAUCAGGAUUCCCAAUGGUUCUAACCCCUACACCCUGAAGCUCUGUUUUUCCACCUCCUCCCACCUCUGAAGACGUUGUUGGUCGUAGUCAGCAGUGAAGCACAGGACGUGAUGAUGAGACGAGAACAGAAGAAGACGGACUCUUUCACUUCCUGUCAGUACUGUCUCCACCAUGUAUGGACGACAUGGCUCUGCAGUGUCUCUGUGACGUCCACGUGUUGACGGCACCGGAAAUGACUUUAGUCAUGGAUUCAGACUGAAGUCGGUUUACUUUUUAUCAACACAGUCUUUUGAAUU